AUGACCUCUGAGGCUUUCAAACUGAAAGGCCUCUCUGAACAAGUUCGCAACAACUUUAUCAGAGAAGCUGGAGAAAGGCUGCAGGAACGACUGGUUAGAGAGGUAGAGGAAAAAGUCAGAAGAGAAGCAGAAGAGAAGGCUCGUCUGGAAGAAGAGCAAAGGGUUAGAGAAGUUGCAGAGAAGUUUGCUACUAAAGUUGUUGCUGCUGGUGAAGCUAAAGCAAAAGCAAAAGCUGACGCUGAAGAGGCAGCACGCAUAGCUGCAGAAGAAGGUGUGAAGGCAAGCAACGAUGCUCUAACUCAAGGGGAGCCAUCUCACUCUGAUUUUUCUCCUCUUAUCCUGAAGACUCUAGAAGAGCUGCAGAAGGAGCAACAAAUUGUGAGAGCCAGACUGGAUCAACAGGACUCCAUCAACAACAAUAUUCAGAACAUGCUGACUCAUAUGCUCCAAAGGAUGCCUCCGCUUCCGAACCCUUAG